AUGUUAUUGGUAGAUAAAAGACUUAGAAACUUGCAGAUCUACAAACUUCUCCAGUGUGUUCACCAGAAAGACAGGAAGCAAAUAGAAAAGCUGAUCAAGCUUGGAAUUCCAGAUCUCAUUAAUUUCACAGAGCCUGAGGAUGGAUACAGUGCCCUUCACUUGGCCUGCAUUAAAAAUGAUACCGACAUGUGCAGCUUCCUGCUAGAGAAUGGAGCUCAUCCGGACAUCCAAGAUAAAAUGGGAUGUACUCCAGCAAUGAAGGCCGCUGAGCUAGGACAUGACUUGGUUUUGGACUUACUAGUAAAAGCUCAAGCAGACAUGACUGUUGUUGAUAAUGAAGGAAGAAGUAUCCUGUUUUACAGCAUUUUACCUACAAGACGGCACUGCCACUGCACUCGGAUUGCCUUAGAAAAUGGUGCAGAUGUCAACAACUGCACUACUGAGGGGAAGCCUGUAUUUGUACAAGCCUGUGAACAAGCUCAGGGCAUUAAAGAAAUUUGCCUGAAUUUUUUGGAAAGAGGAGCAGAUCCUAACGCAACAAAUGCAGCUACAGGUCGCACAGCCUUAAUGGAAGCAGCAAGAGAAGGUGUUAUUGAGCUGGUGCGUGCUAUACUUGAAAGAGGAGGAGAUGUUAAUGUAUUUGACCUUGAAAGACACAGCGCCGCACAUUUUGCAGCCAAAGGAGGCUUUUUUGAGAUUCUGAGGGUAAUUUCAGCUUACAAUGGAGAUGUUGGUCUGAUUGCUAUGAAUGGGAACACACCACUUCAUUAUGCUGCAGAGGGAGGGUUUGCAGAUUGCUGCAAGUUUAUAGGACAAAGAGGCUGUGAUCCUACAUGGAAGAACUUAUUAACAAAGACCCCAAGACUCAUUGCCAAGGAAGGUGGUUUUAAGCCAGCAACAAAAGAAUUGCGUAAAAUUGAAAAAAUCUUUGCUAAACGUUCCAAGCCUGAAGCUAAGGAUGACAAUCCCUGCUGGGCCCUCAAGUUAUAUGACUGGUCUUUGGAACAUCAGGCUGCCCUCCGAGAGGCGUUUGAUAUAUUUGACCAGGGAGAUGGAACAGUGAUGAAAGACGAUUUUAUAUCAAUUAUUCGGAAACGGUGUGCCUUUAUAGAUGAUGAACAAUUAGAAACUGUUGCUGAAAAGAAUGAAAUGUCUCCUGGUGCGGGAAUCAACAUUGAAGAAUUUUUUAAAGGCUCCAAAUACUUGCAAAAAGCCUAUCUCAUAACAUCUUUUGGACCCAAAAAGAAGAAAGGGACGAAAGCAAAAGGCAAGAAAGACAUCCCAAUCCCCGUGCCAAUUUGCGUCAUUCCAGAGAGUGCAAUCCCACGUGGAGAAGGUGGCCUCCCUGCGUACAUGAUUGAAGCUUUGCAAAACAUCACUGAGAGUGACCGCUUUAACCAACAGCACCCAUCUGCCCAUCCUGUGCAUGAUGACCGCGCAUGGUAUAUAGAUGAACCAAGGAAAAUGUACAUGAAUAUUAACUACCUUGUCAGAGCAGGAGACAUUCUGUCUCUCAGGAAGGCAUUUGAGGAGGGUGUGCCAAUAGAUGUAAGAGAUAAAUACUAUAAAACACCUUUAAUGACAGCAUGUGCAAGUGGAAACAUAGCUAUUGUGAGGUACCUUCUGGAAAAGGGGGCUGAUGUAAACGCAAAGGACAAUUUCAUGUGGACUCCUCUACACCAUGCAUGCCAUGCAGGAAACCUAGAUAUUGCUAAACUGAUAGUGAAGGCUGGAGGAGCAGUGGAUGCACCCGCAAUCGGCAAAUCAACCCCAUUAAUAAGAGCCAUCGAGAUCUGUAGAUUGGAUAUUGUGCAGUUUUUAAUCGAUGCAGGUGCUAAUGUCCAAGUGACAAACAGAAAUGGAGAAAGUGUUGUUGAUAUUGCAAAAGCCUUUGCGGAUUUUAGAAUAAUUGAUCUGCUUCAAAGCAAACUGGACCGUUUGCCAAGAAUACUGGAAAAGAAAGAGAAAGAAAAGAAAGGGAAGAAGGUUGCCAAGCCAAAGUCUCCUAAACCAAAGCCUGUAGAGGGAGAAACCGUGAAGAGAGAGGCAUCUGCAACAGUUGUGGAAAAAACCGUUGUUGAAGAGGAUACAAAAUCCCUGAAGGACAAUAUUAUUUAUCUGCAUUCUUUGAUAGCCAGUGGUGCUACUAAGAAAGUUGACAUCACAUUCAAACCCAAAAAAGUUUGGACUCCUGAAGAUACAAAAGAGCAGCCAAUAAGAAAGCAAGAAUUGCUCCAUGAACGUUUGGCUUUUGAUGAGGACUCUGAAAAUUCAAAAAAAAUCAUAUCACCCUUUAAGAGAAAUCUUAUGGAAAAAGCACACCAGCUGGAAAACGCUACUUCAACACAAGGAUCAAAAAGGCCAACUCCUUCGUAA